UUAGCUAAAGGGGCAGCCCCGGUGUGUUUUAGGUGGGGUUGGCAGGGCUGUUUCUCACAAAUGGCAGCUUUGUGCAAGUUCAGUGUCAGAGGUAUUUAAGAAGCGAUAUCAGGGCUCGAAGUGUUAUUUCUCGCUCUCUUAUUCUCAAGAGUUCAGCCUGUACUGCAGCUGCCAUCCAGCUAUCUUUGACCUUUUUGAACCAGAGCUGACAAAAGACCAACUCACACACCUAAAGUAAGAUAGAACACCCACUGAGAUCCAAAAUCACUGGUAACAGCAAUGGCUCAUCUGAGAUCAGGAGCACAGCGAUUUUCUCCUGCAAAGAUAUGCUGUUUUACUCUGGUAUUUUGGUUAUGUUUUGGAGCGCAUAUUGAGGCUUCUGUGCUCAACCUGAAGCGCUUCAUUGGCUGUGCGGUGCGGGAAUUCACCUUUCUAGCCCGUAAGCCUGGCUGCGGUGGGCUGCACAUCACCACUGAUGCCUGCUGGGGGCGCUGUGAGACCUGGGAAAAGCCAGUUCUGGACCCGCCCUUUAUUGAGUCAUACCAGCGAGUGUGCACCUACAAUGAAACUCGAUUUGUGACAGUGCAGCUGCCGAACUGCUCCGCGCAUGUGGACCCAUACUACACCUAUCCAGUGGCUCUCCGGUGUGACUGUGGGGUUUGUCUCACCAGUACAACUGAAUGCAUCACCUCCGUCUGAUAUCCAGGAGAAACCAGCCUCCGCUUUUGUUCUUUUAAAACAUUGAUACUGUUGAGAAGGGUACAUCACUGUGUGGGCAAAAAUAAAGUUUAGCAGUUCAAUAUACAUGUGGGAGAGAGAGCAACUACACUUUCAAAUGGUCCAUGUACUUUUCUUUCUCAUGCUGUUGUUAUUUUCCUCCUCCUUUUUUAUCUGAAAAGAAACAAAUGUAAUAAAAGUGCAA